AUGUCGUCUCAACACUUUGACCCCUCUGUUCAACUCAUGGACACCGAUGCCUCCGCACCUUCCAACACCAACAAUGCCGACGAGUUUGUCCUCAUUGGGGAGCCCAACGUUGCCACCAACGAUACUCGGCUCCAGGCUGAGCUCAUCUGGACCAACAGAACGACUCAGCACACUAGUGUGCCCUUUGAGGAGCUUACACUCCCUUCUCGUGAUCGAGCUAGGCUCGACCCUUGCACUGUCCGUUUCGCCUUUACUGGGACUUUCAACAAUGGAGAACGUCAGAGAGCAGAAUGGUCGAUCCGCAUUCAGCUCAAGACGUUCUUCCUCUGCUUUGAUGUUGAGAAUGCCGGUCCUGUUAUCAGCUUUCCCUCCAGGGUUGGCCGUGGAAAGUUUAUCGACAUCACUGUGGGCCCUGAAAUCUCGACAAUCUUGCCAAAGGGCCUAUCCUGUUCAGCAAACAUCGGCUCGAGCCUGUUAUGGUUGGCCCCAAACUCCCGCUCAGCACCUUCAUCCUCGAAAUUCUCGACGUCCCUCUCCAACUCGAUGGCAACUCUGCUGCCGAAUCCGUCGCCUUCCAACUGCACUCUCGAGACAUCGGUGCGGUCUGGGACAUUUGGAAGGUCACCAGUGUCCUGGCCCCCGGACUGGCUGACAGUGAAGGAAGGCGCCAGUACUCACUGGUCGCAGCACUGGUCCCGACAGCUCUGCCUUCGGGACAGAUCAGCGCCACCACCAUCUUCAAGGUUCCAGGCUACCUCUCUCUCAACGGAAAGUUCAACGGCCGUCCCGAUUGGUGCACUCGCUGCAAAAGCGACGAUGUACGCUUUCACGUCUUUGGCCAAUGCAAGAAGACGAAAUGUUUCCACUGCAAGGAACGCAGGCACAUAG